AUGAUCUGGCACUCUGACGUCCAGCUUCAGACUCCGCUUCAUCUCCUCACCACCAGCUUCAAGCCGGAAAAUUUCGAGAAUACGCCAUCCUCAACUGCCACUUUAGAGCCAUUUAAAAGCUCUGACGGACCAGUUGCUAUGUCACCCGUCUUGCAGGCAAACCUAUCCGAUUUGUACGAUUCCAUG